CAUCGUGACACACUGGGUUGCUGUCCCCGCUUAUCCAGAGAGACACGACUAAGCAGGCUGUAACCCCAACUGGAGGCCCAGGAUGGGAGCUGCUACAGAAUUUGUUUUCACAUCUCUAGCUGUCAUCUCCUGUAUGGCUAAUUGCCAAUCACAGAGCAGCACAAGGAGCUACGGGCCGGUGUUUGAAGAGCAACCUGUCAACACCCUCUUUCCUGAAGGCUCAGCAGAAGAGAAAAUCACACUGGCUUGCCGAGCAAGAGCAAGCCCUCCUGCGACUUACAGGUGGAAGAUGAACGGCACAGAGAUAAAGAUGGAGCCAGACUCCCGUUACAGGCUGGUUGCAGGCGACCUAGUGAUAAGCAACCCAGUAAAAUCCAAGGAUGCUGGCUCCUACCAGUGUGUGGCAUCUAAUCCCAGGGGCACGGUUGUCAGCAGAGAAGCAUCCCUCCGUUUUGGCUUUUUGCAGGAAUUCUCUGCAGAAGAGCGAGACCCAGUGAAGAUCACAGAAGGCUCGGGAGUGAUGUUCACCUGCAGCCCUCCUCCACAUUACCCAGGCUUGUCCUAUCGAUGGCUUCUGAAUGAGUUUCCCAAUUUCAUCCCAGCGGAUGGAAGGCGGUUUGUCUCUCAGACAACAGGAAACCUUUACAUUGCCAAGACAGAGGCUUCCGACCUAGGAAACUACUCAUGCUUUGCCACCAGCCACAUUGACUUCAUCACAAAGAGCGUCUUCAGCAAGUUCUCCCGACUCAGCCUUGCAGCAGAUGAUGCCAGGCAGUAUGGACCUACCAUAAAAGCCAGGUUUCCUGCAGACACCUACGCUCUGGCUGGGCAGACGGUGACUUUGGAGUGUUUUGCCUUUGGAAACCCUGUGCCUCGAAUAAAGUGGAGGAAGGUGGAUGGCUCCCAGCCCUCCAAGUGGAUUGCCAGUGAGCCCCUCUUGCAGAUCCAAGAUGUUGGCUUUGAGGAUGAAGGCACUUAUGAGUGUGAGGCUGAAAACAUCAAAGGGAGAGUCACCCACCAGGGCCGUGUUAUCAUUCAAGCUCAGCCAGAGUGGCUGAAGGUGAUCACAGACACAGAAGCCGACAUCGGGUCUGACCUGCGCUGGAGCUGUGCGGCAGCCGGCAAGCCGAGGCCAGCGGUCAGAUGGCUUCGAAAUGGGCAGCCGCUGACCUCCCAGAACCGCAUCGAAGUGAGCGGUGGAGAGCUGAGAUUUUCCAAGCUAGUCCUGGAGGACUCUGGCAUGUAUCAGUGUGUGGCUGAGAACAAGCAUGGCACAAUAUAUGCAAGUGCUGAAUUAACAGUGCAAGCCUUAGCACCCGAUUUUAGACUAAAGCCAGUGAAGCGACUGAUACCUGCAGCCCGAAGCGGGAAGGUCAUCAUCCCAUGCCAACCAAGAGCAGCACCAAAAGCCACUGUGCUCUGGACCAAAGGGACUGAACUGCUGAUCAACAGUAGCAGGGUGACUAUUACCACAGACGGUACCUUGAUCCUCCAGAAUAUCAGCAAAUCCGAUGAGGGAAAGUAUACCUGCUUUGCUGAGAAUUUCAUGGGCAAAGCCAACAGCACUGGAAUCCUCUCUGUUCGAGAUGCCACCAAAAUCACACUGGCACCAUCUAGUGCUGAUAUCAAUGUAGGUGAAAACCUUACUCUACAAUGUCACGCAUCCCAUGAUCCAACUAUGGACCUAACCUUCACCUGGUCACUAGAUGAUUUCCCCAUUGACUUUGACAAGUCUGAGGGGCACUACAGGCGAGCAAGCGUGAAGGAAACUAUUGGGGACCUCAGCAUCUUUAAUACCCAGCUGAAGCAUUCAGGGCGGUACACAUGCACAGCCCAGACCGUGGUGGACAGUGCUUCGGAGUCAGCCAUGCUGACUGUGAGAGGACCUCCAGGCCCCCCAGGCGGUGUGGUGGUGAGAGACAUCAGUGAUACCACUGUCCAGCUGAGCUGGAGCCGCGGCUUUGAUAACCACAGCCCUAUUGCCAGGUACAUCAUUCAGGCCCGGACCCUGCUCUCCAACAAGUGGAAGCAAGCACGUACCAAUCCUGCAAAUAUUGAAGGCAAUGCAGAGACAGCCCAGGUGGUGAAUCUCAUUCCUUGGAUGGACUAUGAGUUUCGGGUCUUAGCAAGUAACAUCCUUGGAGUUGGGGAACCAAGUUUACCCUCCAGCAAAAUCCGUACCAAAGAAGCAGCACCUACCGUGGCACCAUCUGGGCUCAGUGGAGGUGGAGGGGCUCCCAACGAGCUUAUCAUCAACUGGACGCCGACGCUGCGGGACUAUCAGAACGGGGAUGGCUUUGGCUACAUCUUGUCGUUUCGCAAGAAAGGCACCCAGGGGUGGUUUACUGCAAGGGUGCCUCACGCUGAAUCCCUGCACUAUGUCUACCGCAACGAGAGCAUUGGUCCCUACACCCCAUUCGAAGUGAAAAUCAAAGCGUACAACAGGAAGGGAGAGGGACCUGAGAGCCUCACAGCCAUUGUGUACUCUGCAGAGGAAGAACCGAAAGUGGCUCCUUCCAGAGUUACCGCCAAGGCUGUCCUGUCCUCAGAAAUGGAUGUGUCCUGGGAGCCUGUUGAGCAGGGAGACAUGACUGGAGUGCUUUUGGGCUACGAGAUCCGGUACUGGAAGGAUGGUGAUAAAGAGGAGGCAGCUGACAGAGUGAGAACGGCAGGACUGGUCACAUCUGCUCACGUAACAGGCCUAAACCCUAACACAAAAUACCACGUGUCAGUCAGAGCUUACAACCGUGCCGGCACUGGGCCCCCCAGCCCCUCUACCAACACCACUACAACAAAACCACCACCAAGGAGGCCACCUGGCAACAUCUCCUGGACCUUUUCUGGGUCUACUGUCAGCAUCAAGUGGGACCCAGUGGUGGCACAGGCAGAUGAGUCUACAGUUACAGGUUACAAGAUGCUUUACAGACAGGAUUCCCACUCUGCUCCCACACUAUACCUGGCCAGCAAGAGCCGGAUCGACAUCCCAGUCCCUGAAGACUUCACCCAUGCCUUCGUACAGAUCAGGGUUACAGGACCUGGGGGAGAUGGAAUCCCAGCAGAAGUUCACAUCCUCAGAAACAGUGGUACAAGCAUGAUGGUGGAAGAUUCUGUGACCAAGCCAGUGCCACAUGCUAUCAUUAUAACAACUAACUCUCUAGUAAUGUUGGCCCUGAUGGGCUACCUGGGGCUCUGAUGAUUGCCAGUGUGACAAAGGACUCCAGGACACACUUCCUCCUAAACCAGUGGGGAACUACUUAGCAUUUGGCUAUUUCAACUUCAAGUUUGUACCACAGCGGCAUUACAGAGAAAGGAUUUGACAACAUUGUUUUAAGGGAGGAAGGAAGAAACACCCUUUUUUUUGGAAGAAUAUAAGAUUUCAUACAAGACAUGGGUCUUUAACUAAUCAAAACAUUUUUAAAGAAAUGAGUAAAUCAAAGAAUUCUACAUGAAUACUGAGAGCCGACUGUCCCAUAUGCUGUGUCCAGUAGGUUUUCUGCCUUAUGAAGCCAUGUACUAAAAUAAUCAGACUGCUAAACUUGACUUUUUUAAAAAUACGUACAGUGUACUUGGGGGGGUGGGGGGAGGGAGGAUGGGGACUGAAGAUUUCAAAGUGAUCAGCAUGUUCCAUAACAAUCUCAAUCACAGCCAUCUCUAAGGAAUUAUGGGACAGGAUUUUUUUUUCCCAUAAAACGAGCCAAAUAUUGCAGCAACCAGCCCAAGGAGAUAAAGCCACAAGAGAAACUGAUCUCUGCGCCAUCCUGAAGGAGAUGGGAGAGCAUAGAGUUUAGAGCAUAAAAAUCUUUUUUAUGACACCAGUGUUAACUUGCAACUCCAGCCUGUUGUUCAUAUCAACUGUGAUGCUGUGAGGUGCAAUGUUAAAUAUUACCAUAUCCCAUAUGCUUUUGGGGUGUUUUUGUUAUAUUGUUUGCUUCUUUCCAUUUUGUUUGGGGAGGAGGGGUAAGCAAAAAGGAGAUACUUUUCUAGCAUACACCAAUUUGGAGAGGAAGUUCCAGCUGAUAAAGGAAUUUCAACAUCUUUAACUUCAGCAAGUAGAGAGAGGAUCUUAAAGGAGGAAGAAAAAGGAAUAUUUCAUAAUUUAACCAAGAAUUGGAGACUCAAGGAAACCAUCACUGAGGUAACAAGGAAAAUCUGGACUCAGGCAGACUUAUCUCCCUACUACAAAUGGUUCUGUCUCGCCAAAAUAUGAGCCUCAACUCGGGAUUGCAAGAUUGAGAUCUAACCAAUAAGUUAGUCUGUUUUUCAGGUGCAAGGCUCACACAACUAAUGUAAAUAGGGGCUGAUAGCCCAAAGAUGUAUGGGGAUGUUGAGGUGCAUCGUUAACUAAAAUGGCUGGGGAAUAGUUGUUGCAUAUUAAAAUCUCUAUGUCUCAUGGUGAAGCAACCAAAUGGCUAAAGUUAACUAGAAGAUGAUUUACAUUGCUUGCUGGGUAGUUCCCAGGCUCUUUCAGGGAUACCUUCUUGCCUGUACCUUCCUCCUUCACAGAUGACAAUACUGCUGGCCUAGCAAUCUCAAUUUCAUAGUUAUCCAGCAAAGAGCUAUGUUUGCAGAACUGUGCAAUGGGAAGGAAUUGACAUGCGGUUUCUACGCUAAAUACCACUUCCUUGCCUCAUCCAACCUCACUGAAAAGGCUAGUUCAGGAACUCUUUGCUGUCCACAGAUACCCUGUCCUCCUGUGAUAGCUCUAAGGAAUCAUGCUAAUAAAUCUGCAGACUCCGGUGCUCAGGUUUCCCUGGUGCAGUUGUUGUACAUGUUAACAACAGCUUGGACGUGUUAACUACAGCAAGCAAGUUGCAGAUAGCAAUGCAUAAGCUUCAGCUCUUGAACCACCACUUGUUUAUGAGAUGCUUCUCAUAGCCAAUCUAGGCUUAGAUGUCAGACACAGGUCUUGGACAGCUUGCUCUGGCUAAUCAUUUUAAAACUACUAUCCUGGACCUUAGUGAGCAUUUAAGAGCUUAAAUACAUAAAUCCCUGGCCUCCCAGAGGAGCUAUGCCCUAUUGUAUAUAUCUACAGUAUCCCGUUAUAAUCUUGUAGCAUCUGGCCGACACUGGAAGUAGGAAGGUAUAUGCACCAGGAGGUUUGCCGUGUGUGAUGCAAGGCCCCGGUGUGAGGAGAAGGCCCCUUGCUGUGUGGAGAAGGCCCCUUGCUGUGUGUCCAGCAAAUGAGAAAAAUGUUUUAAGAGACAGGACAGGAAAAAUAAACUUCAGGAAAAAAGCCUAAGUGUUUAGAGGACAGUUGCAGGGAAAAUUAAGAGCACUUCAUAGUUUCGAUUACAAAUAAUCCCUGGGAUAAAGUGAAAGACAGACAGCAGCUCCCACUGAUACAUGGCAGGCUGAGGCAGGCAGCAAAGGGAGGGAACCGUCAGUCCUCCAGACCCUUUCCAUAGCUACUCCCAUGUUACUCUGCAGCUCCACCAUGAACUACCCCUCGGUCCCUCUAGCAGGUUGUAACACUUCUUUAUGAAUAAUGUCUAAAUAUAAAUUAUAUUUUUGUAUGAUUUAAGUUUUUGAAGAUUUUAAAAUAUUUUUAUUAAUGUUCAGAAGCUUUUUUGGGAAAAUAUUUUAUGUUGUUAAUAAUUCAACAUUUUUGUUAUCUCAUCACCUCAAUCUUGCUGGGCCUUCAACCUUUCUCCCACAAAAGAUGGGAUAAAAGGAAAAUUAGGAAUUCAGUGUUAUCUCAAAAACAUAGCAAAUUGGGGCUUGGACAACAGUUCAAGUUCUGAUCAAUAUGCAGAACUAGUGCCAGCCAUGAUGAUAAUAUUUAGGAGGCAUAAUCUGUCUAGAGCUAUGGAACUUCAAAGCACUGCUGGAUGACUCACGCAGCACCCCUGCAGAAGUGCGGACCUUAUUUGGCAGAGAAGCAGACAAAAGCAGAAGGAUAAAAUGACAUGCCCCAAGAGCCUUCAGUGAACUGAGACGCAGAAGCUGGAGUCACCCCGCAUGUGAUCCUGCUGAAUACCCUGCAGGGUGGGACUAGAAGAUAACUCCCUGGUUAACUCCCUGAAAAGCCUGCUGCACUCCUCGGGAAGGAGUCCACUGCUGCAGGAGGGAGCUGCUCCGGCGUGCAGCCCACACGCCCUGCUUUGCUGCAACCGCAUUCGUUCCAGUUUCAGGCACAGACUCUACGUGAGGCUACCUGUGACAGCCCCACUGCAUGUCAUCAGCCCCAUCCAGGGCAGCUGAACUGCCUGCUUUCCCAGGGAGUUCCCACAAGCAAGCAAAGCUAAGCUAGUUACUCCUGGAAAAUUCAAGGACUGAGAUUCAUCAUCCAUCUAGGUCUAACAACGCAGGCCAUGCAAUGUCUCUUACAUAAACACGGCUCUCAACAGAUGCUUCCAAAUAUGUCUGGCAUUACUAGUAGCUACAUUCAUUUCAUUUAACUUUACAGCGCUGGAAAGCAAGACACUUUAAAACGACAUGGUGAACGCAGUAUCUAAAUGCUGCAAUGCCACUGGGUUUUACAUAGCAGCAACUCGUAACCUGGGAAGGUUAAUGCAUUUUCCAUACGUUUCUUUGUUGAAUUAGAUCACAGGCAGAUUUUAUACAAGAACUGAGAACUUACAUGAGUUGGAUUUCAAACGAUCCAGUUAGCACUGCUCUGCGUUGCAAAUGGGCUGAAUAUAUUCUAAGAUGUGAAAUACAUGGACAACAUUUUCUAAAACCUUUAAGUGACUUACAAGUAGAUCCCCUUGAAAGUUAAAUGGCUUCAAUUUGAAAACAAGGUAUGCCUCUUCUUUGAAAAGAUAAAACGGUAUGUUUGAUAUUCAGUAGCAUUGUCAGUACACAUUUUAAACCAAAACAUUGCUUAGUUUUUGCAAUAUUUUAAGCAUUAUGCAUGCAUGCAAAAAGGUACACACACUGACUCCAUCUACGACUCCAAGCAACUAUUUCGCCAUUCUCUGCCUCAGUUCCCCUUUCUGAAAAGGCAUAAGCUGGUCAUUGUGUAUUUGCAAGUACUUUGCAGUUUGAAAGCAUCUCUUUAUUCACACUGCUGUCAAAGGUGUGACCGCAGCUCAUGCCAAAUAUUGGAGUUAAUUUAAACUGCCCAGCUCAGGCACCAAAGACAGCACGUCCACGGCAGGACAGGCUGCAGCAAGGCUGAGCAGCCACCCGCAUGAGUCCUUGCACAAGGGCGAGCCUGUCCUCGUCUCCGAGCUCUCUCUGCCACCUGGCUGUUAGUGCUCAGCUCACCUAGUCAUAGUUCGGCUGAUGUAAAGGUUUCCUGAGCAUUAUAAUAAAGAAGCCCUGAAAUAAGCAUAUGGUAAACAGGUAGUCUCUCCCCCAUAGGUUUUUGGUAAUUUGUGGGGGAAUUCAUUGACACUCAAGAGCUGCAGAACAGAAAAGACAGGGGCACACUAUAAAACAGUGCAGGUAAGCAUGGGGCAACAUCAUGGGUGAAGGAUAGAGUAUGUUGGGGAGGGAGAGGGGCAGUUAACGAUUUUUCACUUCCAACAUUGGUAGAUGAGAAAGGCCAAGUUCAGGCCAGGUGGUUACAGGCUAAAUAGCCCACUCUGGACCAGACAGCUCAGUUUUCGUGUGUAGACAGCAAGCUACAUUAAGAGGAAGCCUGCUUUGUCUUAGGCAGUCCAUUUUUCCAUGUUAUUUAUCAGGGGGUUGGGUGACAUACACAAAGAUUGAUACAUCCUCCUGCUCCUUUAGUAAGGCACAGCCAAGACAGCAUCUGUAGCUAGUUGAAUUUUAUCUGGACGAUACAAAACUACAUAUAUAGCUUUAUAUAUACAUACACUUUGGCACAUAGCCAGAGCCACCAAGAGGCGGAAAGGAUGCGGAAGCAGCAGAUUGUGAAGCUGGUCAGAGCUUCCUAAAAUGCAGCAGAGGGGUUAAAAGGAAAGAUGUUCAAAGCCAGUGGAAAAAAAUAAGGUUUCAAACAUCUUAACAGGGUUUGUUGGAUUUACACUAUUGCACUAAGCUGCAAAUCAAUUUCCUGCCUCAUUAAGAAUCCCCUAAAUUUAAUUGGCCUGAGUGUUUGCUUUAGGGAUUAAGUUACAGGAACUGGAGUUAAGACCCAUGGUUUCUGCUCCCAGCACUGCACCGGCCUGCUAAGGACAGCUAUCCCAGGGUCCAUCCAACUGCUUGCUAGCAGCACCAACCUCAAAGGGACGCUGUAAGGAGUAAGCAUCGAGCGGCAAGUGCUCUGAGACUCUCAAUCGAGAGAAGCCAUACACUCUGACUUACUCAUAUUCACCAUGACAAACUUCCACCUGACACUAUUGAACUUUCACACUGAAUAUUGCAUUUCUGGUUUUAGGUUGUCUGAGCUAAAUUCAGCACUCAGCUACAUGGGUUGGAAUCAGGAAUAUCAGAUUUACAGCAGGGCAGACCAGGUGCUCUGUCCCAAAGGGAAACGCUCUCACACCUUUACCAAGGAAUCAGUUGGACAACGCAGGCAUCACAUUCAGCUAAUGCCUUGGGGAGGUGAGGGAGUCUCUAAAUCCCAUCUGCACCAAACCCGCAAAGCUUUCCUCCAUCCAUAUAAACCUUCUGCUGUGAAUAUUUUAAUCAAACUUCACUACACAGGACCAGGACAGUUUUCUUCUCAAUAAUUUUGUUGUACCCUAUUUUUUUAAGAAAAACAAACAGGAAACAUUGUAAACAUACUGUAUUUACUGUAAUUAUAGUUAUUUAUUGGCUACAGUAGCACGCAGUUCAUA